GUCCAACAAGGCUUAGAGUUACGCGCAACUGGCUUCGGACUGGGCUGUAUCCCUUUAAGGUUACCCCCACCCUCGGAUUGAAUUGAAUACACUGUACUCUUCUCGUGCACGCUCUUUUUUAUUUCGACAGUGUAGUGCCUCCGCAAACUUUCUAUAGGCUAUCUAGUUUAUUGCCUGAUUGGUGAAUAAAAGCCCAAAAGAAGACAAGAUGGCUGAGGCGGGGAAAGGGGUCACUGCUGGAAAACUGGCCAGCAACAUGCAGAAAAAGUUAACACGAGCACAAGAAAAGGUUCUACAGAAGCUGGGUAAAGCAGAUGAGACUAAGGAUGCCGCAUUUGAGGAGAGUGUGACAAACUUCAACAAGCAAAUGGCAGAAGGCACCAAACUUCAGAAGGACCUGAGGACUUACUUGGCAGCUGUCAAAGCCAUGCACGACUCUUCCAGGCGUCUGCAGGAGUGCCUGGCCGACAUGUACGAGCCAGAGUGGUACGGCAAGGAGGAAGUGGACUCCAUUGCUGAGGACACUGACCUUCUGUGGAUAGACUUUCAUCAGAAACUGGUGGACCAAGCCUUGAUCUCAAUGGAUACGUACCUGGGCCAGUUCCCCGAUAUUAAGGCACGCAUUGCGAAGCGCGACAGGAAACUGGUGGACUUUGACAGUGCACGACACCACGUUGCCUCUAUACAGAAGAGCAAGAAAAAGGAUGAGGUCAAGUUGGCCAAGGCAGAGGAUGAAUUGGGAAAAGCUCAGAAGGUGUUUGACGAGAUUAAUGUAGAUCUACAGGAGGAGCUCCCAGCACUGUGGAACAGUCGUGUUGGCUUUUAUGUUAACACAUUCCAGAGUGUGGGAUCACUGUCAGAGAAGUUUCAUAGAGAAAUGGGAAAGCUGAAUCAGAGCCUGAACGAAGUGAUGACCAAAUUGGAAGAACAGAACAAAAAGGGCUUGAAGGCAGCCGGAUCAGUAAAGAGGGAUAAGCCUGACACCAACCACAGCAUCACUCAACAGGACCCAUCCAUUCCCAAGUCUGAAUCACAGCCUGAGCAAACCCCUGCAGAGCCGCAAAAGUGGGACGAUGACACGCAGGCGGGCUGGGGCGAUGACGGGGCGCAGGCUGCGCAGUCGGGCUGGGACGAUGACGGGGCAGAGACUGCUCGGUCUAACUGGGAUGAUGAUGGCGCCCAGCCUGCGCAGUCGGGCUGGGACAAUGAUGCGCAAGCGGAUGCGCAGGCGGAUGCGCAGGCGGGCUGGAAUGAUGACACACAGGCCGAUGCGCAGGCGGGCUGGAAUGAUGACACACAGGCCGAUGCGCAGUCGGGCUGGAAUGAUGACACACAGGCCGAUGCGCAGUCGGGCUGGAAUGAUGACACACAGGCCGAUGCGCAGUCGGGCUGGAACGAUGAUGGAGAGGACAAUGCGCAGACUCACUGGGGAGAUGAUGGGGCCCAGGUAGGGGUGGAAGAGCCGGCAGCUGCGGAUGCACAGGCGAGCUGGGACACCAGUGACAGCCAAGCUGGGUGGGCAGAGGAACAGACUGCAACUGAUGCAGACACUGAGCAGCUACAGGGGGAGGAGAGCCAAGAUGGUGGCUAUACUGCAGGGGAUGGGGAGUACCUGAAUGAGGACAAGACCGACUCUGCUGAGGCUCCUGGAGCAGAAUCUAAUUCUCUGCCUGCUGCUAAAGCUGAAGAGUCGCCUGUGGCAACAAGCAACGGGUCAACAGAGGAGGUGGAAAUGCCUCCAGGAUUUGUCUUCAAAGUUAAGGCGAUGCAUGACUACAUAGCCAAUGAUGCCGAUGAGCUUGAAAUGAAAUCUGGGGACACCGUACUGGUUGUGUCCUACGACAACCCCGAUGAACAGGAUGACGGGUGGCUGAUGGGAAUGCUGGAGGCCAACUGGAUUAAGAGCAAAGGCCUUGCUCCCAAGGGGGUGUUCCCAGAAAACUUUACCCAGAAGUUGUGAGCAGGAUGUCCCACCUUUACCCCUCACCAUUACCAUUGCUCAGGAAAGCUGGAAGAAAGCCAGGCAUGGGAAGAGGGAAAAAAAACUACAUCAUCAGCUUUAACCAUGGCAAUCUCAUCAUGCAUCAUGUGCACCUCUGAAGUGAUUUGAUUUGUGUGUUGAGGGGCAGUGGCGAGUUCAUUGUCACUUUACUGCCUGAGCUUGUCACGGUUUCUCAAAAGUGCUGGACUAUGUGCACUCUCACGUGAUCUUGAUUGUCCGUCUCACGGGUGAAUUCAAAUGCAGUAAUCUUUAUGUUUGUGUUCGGAAAUUGGUGCGUUAAAGCCCUGACGAAGGCAGCUUGCUGCUGAAACGUUGGCGAUUUAAAAAACUGCAUUGGAGUAAAGAGUAUGUACCCUUCUUUUUAAGGAGUAUGUGCACUAUCCCAAUACCCAAGAGUAUUGUUCUGCCUACUCCUUAGUAUAGAUUUGUUCUUGUUUUUAAUUACUGUAUUUCUUAAUGCCGUGUAUGUAAAAUGAGGGAAUAUGUAUAUGCAGUAAGCUUUGUGUUAGACUCCACCUGGCCUCAUGAAUCAUCGAUCCCCCAUGACCAAUGGGUCAGGCAUGGUAAAAUGACAAUGAACUCUGCAGAUUGGUUUUAGAGCAGCAGUGUCUGUGUCUCUCCAGAGAGCUAGCCUUUAACAUCCACGGCCAAAUGCGCUCUCUUUUCUUUGUGUUUAUUUGUUGCUAUUAUUUAUGACUGUUUUCUUUUUCCUGUGGUCACAUGUACUGUCAAAAAUCCCCCAAAGUCCCCCACACAAAAAACUGUGAAAAGUGAUGAAGAGACAGGAGGGACUUGUGACUGUUUAAUAAAAAGGCACUGAAUGACA